UGCUUCCUUUUCUUAUAGUAGUGAAUUUUAGUUUAAAGGGUAAAGUAUUAAUGAAAUACGCAAAUAGCAAGACAUUAGAAACAAAAAGAAAAUGGAGAACAGGGAAGACUUGAAUUCAAUCCUACCAUUUCUACCGCUUCUAAUUAGAUCUUCCACUCUGUUUUGGCCAUCACAAGUUGUUCAAACGCUUAAAGAAUUAUCCCAAGGACCUCAUCUUAGCAAUGUUAAAUCCGGUGAAUUAUUAUUCUUCGCAAUUUCUGACCUCAGAAAUUCUCUGUCUCUAUCUACGCAAUCCCUAGCUUCUUCUGCUCAGCAUGGUUAUGCCCUAUACUUCGAUGAGUUGAUUUCACGGGCUGAAUCCGCAAAAUGGUUUGGAGAGGUUCUUCCAGCAUUGGCUAACUUGCUAUUGCGGCUGCCAACUCUGUUAGAGUCGCACUAUCAAAAUGCAGAUAACUUGCUUGAUGGUGUCAAAACUGGUCUCCGGUUUUUGGGUCCACAACAAGCUGGGAUAGUGUAUCUCAACCAGGAACUGAUUGGUGCUCUUCUUGCAUGUGCUUUCUUUUGUUUGUUUCCAGUUGCUGGUAGAGAUGUAAAACAUCUUCCAAUGAUCAAUUUUGAUCAGUUGUUUGAGACUCUGUAUGAUAGUUACAGUGAAAAGCAGGAAGACAAGAUUAAGUGCAUUAUGCACUAUUUUGAAAGGAUAUGCUUAUCUACACCUGUGGGCUUUGUCUCAUUUGAGAGGAAGGUUCUAUCUUUGGAACAACUUACUAAGUGUAUUUCUUAUCCUAAUGCCGACUUUUGGUAUAAAUCUGUUGCACCACUCUGCUCUUUUGAGGUCUGCGAUUCAGGCCUUAUAGAAGAUCAAGCCAGUGAAGCUCUUGAAGUUGAUUUUGCUAACAUGUAUCUUGGAGGUGGUGCACUUCGUAGUGGCUGUGUACAGGAAGAGAUCCGUUUCAUGAUCAAUCCUGAACUAAUUGCCGGCAUGUUUUUCUUGCCUUGCAUGGAAGACAAUGAGGCUAUAGAAAUUGUAGGUGCAGAAAGGUUCUCUGACUACAGAGGGUAUGCCUCUUCAUUUCGCUUUUCUGGCAAUUAUGUGGAUAAAAGCAAUUACGAUUGUUUUGGAAGGCGUAAAACUAGGAUUGUUGCCAUAGAUGCACUAUGCAGCCCAGGCUUGAGGCAAUUUAAACUUAAAUACCUCCUUCGGGAGGUCAACAAGGCUUUCUGUGGAUUUGCUGAUAAAUCUAAAUAUAGUCAGUAUGAGAUAUUAAUUCAAGAUUGUGGUGUUCAAGGAGCAAGAUCUAACUUAGAUGACCGGGACAUCAAGUUUACAUCUGGGGACAACUUUCUGUCUAAUGAAGCUCGUUCAGCCCCCAUUGAAAAUGACACGUGUGAAGGGAAGCUGAUAAAUGGGAUGGUUGGAGAGUCUGAUAAAAAGAGUAGUUCAUAUCCACAUGUCGAAGAUAGAAUUGGGAUUGCAACCGGGAACUGGGGCUGUGGCGCCUUUGGAGGAGAUCCAGAAGUAAAGGCCAUAAUUCAGUGGCUUGCAGCUUCUCAGGCACUAAGACCCUUCAUUCUGUAUUACACGUUUGGCACCAGUGCACUGAAGAAUCUCGAUAAGGUGAGCCAGUGGAUUAUGUCACAUGAAUGGACAGUGGGAGAUCUGUGGAAUAUGUUGGUAGAGUAUUCAUACCAGAGGUUCAACAGGGAAACUAAAGUAGGCUUCUUUACAUGGCUGCUUCCAUCGCCAAUUCCCCAUCAAGCUUCCACUUCAAAUGUGUGAAACCUUUGUAAAUCAAUUUUGUAACUUAUUAGGUUCUUAUGCACUAAUAGUAGUCUUGUUUUUAAGAGGAAAAUUAGGGCUUGCAUUUUUUCAAAAGUAAACACAAUUAGCAAAUGGAUUAGAAUACUCUUAGGUUUUGAUAGACAAUAUUUAAAUUUGCAAUUAAUUAUAUUCAAGUGAUUAAAUAUCACGUCUUCUUUUUUGAGAGAGAAA